GGCGAAAGUGUUUGCAACAUAGAUCUACGAAACUACGUGGUAUAAAACCGGGCAGCGGCGUCACAACAACACACUCCAGCGCAGUAUUCGCUGAACAACUGCAAGCAAAGCGAACAUGAAGCUAUUGAGGUCGGUCUUCAUCCUGGCCGUGGCUUUGAGCCUGGCCACGGCAGAGGAAAAGGCGGAGAAGAACACAAAGGCUGUAGAGACUAAAGCGGUAGAAGAGAAAAAACAAGAGAAGAGAGGUCUAUCUGAGUUCGGAUAUGGUGAUAUCGGGAGUCAUGGCGAUAUCGGAGGCGACAUUGGGGGGCACGCUGAACUUGGAGGCGAUAGCGGUGGCGGAGACAUCGGCGGUGGUCAUGUCGAGCUCGGUGGAUACGGAGGCGGUCAUGAGGAACACGUGAAAACUGUCACUGUUGUCAAGAAAGUGGAAGUGCCUUACCCAGUGGAGAAACACAUCCCUGUGCCUGUCGAGAAACACGUGCCUGUACCAGUUAAAGUGCCCUACCCACAACCUUACCCGGUCGUGAAAACCGUGCACUUCCCCGUCAAGGAAUACAUCAAAGUGCCAGAAUACAUCCCUAAGCCCUACCCGGUUACAAAACACGUGCCUGUUCCCGUCAAAGUGGCCGUGGAGCGCCCGGUUCCAGUGAAAGUAUACGAAAAAGUACCUUACCCGGUGGAGAAGCACAUUCACGUACCUGUUAAAGUGCCAGUACCCCACCCCUACCCCGUGGAGAAGGAAGUGCACGUUCCUUACAAGGUUCCAGUUAAGGUGCACGUACCCUAUCCAGUUGAGAAGAUCGUACACUAUCCAGUAAAAGUACCCGUCGAUAAUCCAGUGCCAGUGCACGUCGAGAAACCAGUGCCAGUUCCUGUUGAGAAACCAGUGCCGUACCCGGUCGAGAAAAAGGUUCCUUACCCAGUUAAAGUGCCCUAUGACAACCCUGUACCCGUACACGUUGAAAAGCCGGUGCCUUACCAUGUAAAGGUUCCAGUACCAGCCCCUUACCCAGUGGAGAAGGUCAUCCCUUACCCAGUGGAGAAGAAGGUGCCAGUUCCUGUCAAAAUCCCAGUAGAGAGGCCCGUCCCUGUACACAUCGAGAAACACGUGCCAUACCAUGUAGAAAAACACGUACCUUACCCAGUUAAGAUUUCAGUACCCGUGGUACAAGAAGAGAAGCACGAAAUCUCCCACGAAAGCCAUGGUUGGAGUGGUUCAGCGGGAGGCAGCGAGGGCGGAUACGACGGUGGGUACGGCGGGUACGGAGGUGGUGAGGAAUAUCACCAUUAACCAGAACUGAUCUCUUAGUUUUUUGUUUUAGCUUUAACUGUUAACUUGUUUUUAGUUCUCUGCUAAGUUGUUUUUAUUUGCGACUGGUCAACAUCGAUCGCGUACGUAUCGAUGUAUAAUAAAAAAAAAAGUAUUAAAAAUGUGAUAAAUUAUACAUAAUUGUUUAAUUC